AUGGGCUUGCGGUUGCUUGGGGCGCUCGGGGCGCUGCUGUGCGUCUGCUGCAGCAUCGAGGAGGGCUCAGCUUAUACGUUCAGGACUUUCAUGGGCGCGGAAAUUGCCGCAACUGCGAUCUCGGGCAGCGCGGUCGUGCAGCGUCCUUGCGAGUGUCGCGCGCUGUGCGGGGACGGAUGCGUCGCGGUGGCCAUCAGGCGUCAGCCACCACGCCACUUCCACUGCUCCUUCACUGACAAAACCUUCGCUGAUGUCACCACCGGACUUACGGUCCCUGCGCUCGACAGCAGGGUUUUCUACAAACGCCCGGUAUGCCUGCCUGGCUUCACGCUCGUGGACAACGUGGGCUGCAUUUACGUCUCCACCGUCGCACUGAACUUCACCGCCGCCGCCGCGUCCUGUCCCUUCGACUCCCAACUCUUCACCGCCAACUUCCUCAUCGACUUCAACGCCAUGCGGGAAUACCUCUUGAGGAAUUUCUCUACCUCGCCAACGCAGUUUUGGAUUGGCCUGAUCCAUGCUACGGACUCCACUUGGCAAUGGCUCGGAGGCGGAACCGUCGCAACCACUCACCCAUCGCCAUACUGGGAAGGCUGA